AUGUACAAGACUACACUGGCACCAUACACCGUCAUGCACGUUGUAUACUUCCUGUCUGUCAUUGUGCUUCACCGAGCAUAUAUCCCCUUCUUGCCCCUUCGCUGCAACGAGCCAUCUGGUCCCCUUGACGAGCCCUUGUUCCCCUCGGACAAGGUGAAUGGCCCUCCCGAUGGUUUCUGGCGUGACAGCUCCCGUGAAUUAUUCAAGGCCGCGCGUCAGAUGAUUGAUCUGGUGGCCACCUGUCAAGGACGUGGCGCUCUAGUGGAGAACCCACUCGUGGGCUUCGCUAUUUACAAUGCUGCCUUCAUCGGAGUAUACGGUACGCACUUCACUCACAUGGACACGGAGGGCUUGAUGGGGCCCAAGGCUCCUCCCGCAAGUCACGAUAGCCCCCAGCCCGGCGCUUCACAGGUGCGGAAAGCUCUCGAUAUCCUCCGGGAGACGCGACCUCGCUUGCGAAUGGCCGUAGGAUGGUUCCGUACCUUGAAUCGCCUCCACAGCUACUUCUCCAAGGUCAAGCGUGACUUCCGUCGCUACUCACGCAAUCGACUGGACAGCAUGUCUGAUGCCUCGGACCACGCCAUGGCCAAUGGGGUGCGACCGGUUCGCGAUGGGGGUAUCGGGGGUGGCCUGGAGGAGUUCAGGCUUCUCGAGAAGCUCUUCCUGGACUUUGGAUCGAUCGAAGAUCAACUCAAUGAGCCUGGAUUCGACGACGAGGGCACUGCCAUUGCCAUCACCGGAGAGCCAAUGAUGCAAGAGCGCUCCGCCAAUCUCAGUGAUGCAGGAAGCAACGCCGUCAAGAGCGAACUAGGCGAUGUGAGCGACCAGCCCCUAGACGGAGCCGGUGGUCGUCGCGAGUCAUGGGUGCCAAUCAACAGCCCCGGCUUCCCUCCACCAGGCCAUGAAGGAGACCGUCGACCCAGCCUCCCUCUGCCCAACAGCCGUCCCAUGCCAUCACAAUCACCAUACUCCCUCCCAUCCCUCCAACAACACCACCCAGACGGACCCAUGUACACAUCGUCUCCUCCAAACCUUCCCUCCAUAGCAGCAACCACUCAAUCGCCGUCCCAAUACCUCACUGCCACAUCCGGCAACCGUCUUCAACCCAUCAACUCCUGGCUCCCCUCUCGCCCCUCCGUACCACCCCCUCCAUACUCCCAGUCUCUACCCCCUAUCAACGCCACCGCUGCUUCUCCGCACAGCCUGGCUGUCCUACCACCUCCACCCCCAGUCGCCCAGCUCGCGCCAUCUCCGCCUCUCACCUCCACCGAUGGGCCGGACUCGAGCAUGCUGUCAACCUGCUUAGCUGGUGACGAUGUCAUCGCUUUCUUGGAUGGCUGCGAAUGGUCACAGAUCUCUCUCAACGCACCAUCUGAAGUGGGUAUCCCUGUUGGUUGGCUGAGUGCGGUCUGGACGCAAUUCACUCGGUAA